ACUUGAGAGUGAUGCUAAAAUAGCUUGUCAAUCAGAAGUAAUGCGCUUCACCAUGCAGGUCGUUUUACUGACGGCCGUUUUGGCCCUUGGCCUAAACUUGCAUGUCAUCAACGCAUGGAGAAGAAGAAGAAGAGUGAGCCAGGUGCGAGGCGCUAAGGAAUUAGAAACACGGAAGAAGCGAGAUCUUCUGUCAGAUGGAAGAAAAUGCUCGAUCCAUGGAGAAUACAGUUUAAAAAGAGGAAAAGUUGUUCCAACUGACAAUACAGGGUCGACUGUGACAGGGCUCAAAUGCAACAAGGACUUUUGCUGGAAAGGCCACUAUUGCUGGCAAUGCAAGCUAAGAAGCGGAGGAUUGGAAUUCCGAGAAGUAAUGCCAAGUCAGAUAAACAAAAUCAUAUGCAAAGACGCACAGUGCUUGGUUGGAAAAAAGGACACUAGCCUUGAGUACUAUAGCAGAAAUGACUCAAGAUCAGUUCCUCGUGCCAAUGGCCCCUUCAGCUGCAACAGCUAUCUCUGUAUGUCUGACAAAGAUUGUUGGAAGUGUCGCUUGAACCACGAAAACGAUGAUUUUGAGACCGUAAACACAGGAAGAGAGUUCGACAACAGGGUUACUUGCUGCCCGAUACCAACAAGACUUGUUCAGCUUCAAGGCAGGAGUUUUGGGGGUCUGAAGUCUGGCAGCUCGUUAGACGAUGACGAAGAGAAGGAGCUUGAAAACGAUGGAUCAUUUAUCUUGGCUAAUCUUCCGGCCAGGAAGCUGAUAACAAACAUUGAAGUGACCCACAGAGGACGAAAAAGCCCUGUACAAUACACUUUUUCGUAUAGCCUUGACGGAGAAACUUGGUUAGAGUAUCACGAAUUCCAAGAUAAAGCUGUGUUCGCCAGCACAGCGAAACUGGAUGGAAGACGUCACACACUCUUCAAACCAAUCAUUGCACGGAAAGUCAAAAUUGUUCCCUAUAAUCAGUCCCAGUCUUCUAAAAUAUCAGUCGCUCUCUUUGGUUGUAAUAUUCAUUAGAACACAAUUGCAUACAUUCAAGUCCUGCUAUGGAAAAUAUCAAAGACAUUAUGUCGAUGGAGUUGGGCAGAAAAGUUAGCGGGAAAUUUCAUUGCAGCAAUUGGCAGGAUGAUUUGAAACUUAGCUAUAAGUAUAUAUCCCCCGUAACAAUUUAUUUAAUCCUAUCAACUUCAUGUAUUUAUUACUAGAUUAUGAAACAGCAAUAGUGAAUAUUUCAUUUAAUGGAGCAAAAUAUUUGAAA